AUGGAGAAGAACAACACUGAGCAUCGCACCAGCGAGAUCAGCGUGCGCCGCUUGAUACUGCGUCGCGGCCAGCGCUUUCAGCUAACGUUCUACACCACGCAACAGGUCCGACAGGAUACCGACACGGUGCUCCUCACCGUGGAAACGGGGCCUUCACCCUCGGAGUCAAAGGGUACGCGCAGCGUGUUUGGUUUUCCGUUGCGUCUCGGUGGGAAAGGGAAGUGGAAAGUCCAGCUGUUGGAGAGUAGCUCGUCUUUCUUCACCAUGGCAAUCACCAGCCCAGCAGACGCCUGCGUCGGCUCCUACAAGCUCUCCAUCAGGCUGGGGUCGGAGAACGCUGUGCCCCGAACACUCACAAACCUGGUGCUUCUCUUCAACCCCUGGUGUGCAGAGGACUGGGUGCACCUCCCUCGAGAGGAUGAGAGGCAAGAGUAUGUGAUGGCAGAGCAGGGCGACAUCUAUAAAGGGACCCACCACUACAUAAACUCCAUGGACUGGAAUUACGGACAGUUUGAGGACGAUGUGGUGGAUAUCUGCUUAAAGCUGCUGGACAUGAACCCCAAGUGUCUGAAGGACGCUGCGAUGGACUUCUCUGCCCGUUGCAACCCCAUCUACGUAGGGAGGGUGGUCAGUGCUAUGAUCAAUGCCGACGGUGACCGCGGUAUACUCGCUGGCAAAUGGAAGCCAAAUGGCAGCCAGUACACUGGUGGCGUGGCCCCAACUCACUGGGACGACAGCGUGGACAUCCUGCGGCACUGGCGUGACUCCAGCUACUCCCCCGUCAAGUACGGCCAGUGCUGGGUGUAUGCAGCGGUCAUGUGCACAGUUAUGAGGUGUUUGGGAAUUCCAUGUCGUGUGGUCACCAACUUCCAGUCAGCCCACGACACCGAUAAAAGCCUGACCAUUGACAAAUAUUGUUCUGACGACGGUGUGCAGACUAAACAAAGUCAUGACAGUGUGUGGAACUUCCACGUGUGGGUAGAGGGGUGGAUGAAGCAUCCAGAUCUCGCUGCAGGGUCUACAUACGAUGGCUGGCAGGUGCUGGACCCCACCCCACAGGAGAAGAGUACAGGAGUGUACUGCUGCGGUCCGUGUCCUGUGAAGGCUAUUCUGGAGGGACACACUGACCUGAAGUACGAGGCAGAUCAGGUCACCUGGCUGCUGCAGGCUAACGGCUCGAAGGAACGGCUCUACACUGACACCAGAUCAGUGGGCAAGAACAUCAGCACCAAAGCCGUGGGAGUGGAGAAACGAGAGGACAUCACAUCUAACUACAAAUACACAGAAGGCCUUCAAAGGGAGAGGCGCGUGUUUGAGGAGGCUGUACGCCGAGGCAACAGGACCCCCUUUUGUGGCGGCGCCAUCCUCCCUCCAACACAGACCCCCACACAGACAACACAGACCCCCGAGGUGAAGCUGCAGAUCACACAGACGAGCAUGCCGAUCAACGGCAGGGACUUGGAGAUGAGCCUGUCGCUGCGCAGCGAACACGUGACCCCGCGGGAGCUCAGCGUGCGCCUGGUGGCUCAGGCCAUGAGGUACACGGGCGUGGCCGACAGCCAGGUGUGGAGCGACUCGGAGAAUGUCAGGCUUCAGCCCAGGCAAGAACACAAGAUUCCCAUUCGGAUUCCAUAUUACAUGUACAGUACCAAGAUGCUAGACAACAACAGUCUGAAGAUCUCUGCGUUGGUGCGGGACAAACAGCGCCCAGGAGAGGCCUACUUCACUGAUGAGGACUUCGUCCUACAGAGCCCCAAGCUCACCAUUGAAACCCAGGGGAGCUGUGAUGACGGCCAUGAUCACAUUCCACAACGUGUUGUCUAUCCCCCUCAAAAACUGCACCCUGUCUGUCGGGGGCAGUGGGCUACUACAUGUUACAACGGACGUGAAGGUUUCCGACGUGGCACCAGGUGAGAGUCUGCGUGUGCCGAUGCGUUUCACCCCUUACCGUGUCGGCUUCAGGAAGCUGGUGGCCAACUUCGACUGCAACGCCUUCAGGGACAUCAAGGCCCACUGCUACUUGAAUGUCAAACCACGGCAGGAAACCUUGAGGUGCGGAGUCGUUCCCAGCAGUCCCUUUUAUGAACUGCCAGUGGUGCGCCAUUAUGCCCCAUACCCCGUGAUGCCAACGAUGAUGGCGAUGGCGAGCAGUGAUGACAUAGUCCUUAGUCAAUAGCACUUCAGUAUUGAGAUGAAGAUCGAUGUGGAUAAAGAUCGACACACCAUGUGGAUAAAACUUACACUGGCCUGAAGUGUUCAUUUCCUUGAAUUUCCCCUUGGGGAUCAAUAAAGUAUCUAUCUAUCUAUCUAUCUAUCUAUCUAUCUAUCUAUCUAUCUAGUGUGAAGAGCAUGCACAGUGCUGAGGUGGAACAGCCGUAUAUAUACACACAUGGCUCUCUGUGUCUGUGUUGAUCUGAAGAGCUUAACCCAGUUCUUUGAGCUUAAAGAGGCAAUGAAUUGAUUUAUCGUCUAAAGCUAGCAAGCUCGGUUUCAUUAAUAGAAAUAGUUUCCCACUGUCACUGUUGCUGUGUUUACCACUCCGUCCACACAGUCCAGAGCUUGUGUGUGUGUGUGUGUGUGUGUGUGCGCGCGCACUCUCUUCUGAGAGCACAAAAACAGCUUUUAAUAUUUCACGAGUUAUCUUUGUAAUCACACAGUUUUGAUGAUAUGCUCUAGUGUGUGUCCUGCUGUCUUAGUGGAGAGGCCUGUGGGUGGGAAAUAGGUAUUCUUUAUGAGGGGGAGUUGUAACAUUUGUAAUUUACACCGAAAGUGAUAUGCUUGGUUAUGAAGAAUAUCCUUGGUUAAGCUUGGUGGGUUCAACUAUAUGAAGGUGUGUGUGGUUAAAGACUAUCGACUUGUUUUUUCCAAAUCAUUGUUACAAACAAAUGUUGAAGAAUACACAAGUGUGUGUUGAUAUGCUUUGUGGGUUCAACUAUAUGAAGGUGUGUGUGGUUAAAGACUAUCGACUUAUUUUUUCUAGAUCUAGAUGUUUCUG